UCACUCCGAAACCACUUUUUUGCUCACACUGAAUCCGGGACGUUCAGCAAACAUUUCUUUUCCUUGUGACCUGCCUUCCAGUUGACUUACCCAGCCUGUGUGACCUCGGCUGCCCAGUCUUGCUUUCGUUGAGGGAAGAUAGCAGCAGAUCACCCAUUUUAGCAACGCGCCUCUCUCCGUAAUGGCCCGUGAUUUGUGCCUUUUGAUUUUCACAGUGCUCACCGGCCUGAGCUGUGGAGCACCCAGCACUGCUGAGAAGAUGUGUGUGGAGAUUGCAGCAAAUAAAAGCUACAACUGUGAAGGUUUAGAACUGAGGAAGAUUCCUGAAGGACUGCCUGUCACAACAGAAAUCCUCGACUUCAGCUUCAACGUGCUCCCUUCCCUUGACAAUUCAACCUUCUCUGAGCUGAAGUCUCUUCUCCUCUUGGACUUAACAAGGUGUCAAAUAAACUGGGUAUAUGACGGUGCCUUUCACAGCAACAGGCAGCUGAAGACACUUGUGCUGACAGGAAACCUGCUCAUGUUUCUGUCUGACACAGCUUUUGUUGGGCCACAGUCCCUGAAGCAGCUUGUUUUAACACAGACGGGAAUAACCAGUAUGUCCUUUAUUCCAAUGACGAAUCUGGACAGCUUGGAUACACUCAUCUUGGGUAACAACCACAUCUCCUCGCUGCAACUUCCUCCUAACUUCCCUACUCAAAACCUCAAAUACCUUGACUUUCAAAUGAACAACAUAAAAACAAUCACAGCAGCAGAUGUCUCUCUUCUGCAGAAGAUCAGCAAUAUAACUCUCAUCUUCAAAGGCAAUGACAUUACGUACAUUGAACCUGGAGCUUUCCAGUCCCAUUUCUACAGUUUGGACUUUGGGGGCUGUGCUGACAUUCCUGGAAUCCUGGCGGGGCUACAGAACUCCACAGUCCAGACCCUUUGGCUGGGAACAUUUCACGGUAUGGAAAAGGAGCCCUUCAUAACCCCAGAUGUUUUACAAGGCCUCUGUAGUAUCUCUGUCAAGGAUCUCUAUCUGCAGCUACGGCACUUCAAGAAGCUGAACGCCGACAUGUUUCAUUGCUUGACCAGUCUCCACAAGCUGGAUCUAACUCAAACCCACAUCAACAAGUUGCCUGCUGGCAUCAGUGGCAUGAGCUCGCUAGAAGAGUUAGUUCUGAAUGCAAACUCCUUUGAGCAUCUCUGCAACAUCAACUCUGCUUCCUUCCCCUCCCUUGUCCACCUCCACAUCAAGGGGAACUUGGAGCUCCUGCAACUGGGCUCUGGCUGUUUGGAGAAACUGGCAAAGCUUCAGCAUCUUGAUUUAAGUAAGAGUUAUAUCGAAAGUUUUGACUGCUGUAAGGAAGCGCUGAGUGGUUUGAGCAGUCUUCGGCAACUGAAUCUGAGCCACAACAUCAAGCUGCACCUCCACGAUGUGUUCAUGAAAGACAGUGCUAGCCUGGAGCUGCUGGACCUUGCUUCUACUCCUCUUCAUAUCAACACUUCACAGGGCCCUUUCCGAAAUUUGCACACCUUGCAAGUGCUGAAUCUUUCCUCCUCUCACAUUAAUACUAGCAUUCAGCAUCUCUUUCAAGGCCUGGAAAGCCUCCUAUUCUUGGACCUUAGUCAAAAUAACUUCGAGUUGGGGAUCAUGCAAAACGACAAACUGUUCCAAGAGCUACCCAAUUUAGAGGUGCUAAUUUUAUCAUCCUGUGAACUGACAGCAAUAGGUAACCAAGCAUUUCACAGUCUCAAGAAGUUACAGCAUGUUGAUCUGAGCCACAAUAAACUUGCUGCAUUCAGCACAGAUGCAUUUCCAAGCCUCAAGAACAUCUAUCUCAAUUUUGCACACAACAGAAUCCGUUUUGUACCACAUGACAAGCUAGCACCCCUAGCUGGCCACUGCAUCAUCAAUUUAAGUUACAACCCUCUGAACUGUACCUGCUCCAAUAUCGAUUUAAUCACCUGGUACAAGCAGAAUCUCGAUAAAAUUGAGGACCCUAAAGAAACGAGAUGCUCUGAACCCAAAUGGCAGUCUGGGGCUCAGCUGGCCACUGUCUCACUCUCCUGUGGGAUCACCACAGGAGGAAUCAUUGCAGUUGUCCUGGCUAUUUUAUUCUGUGCUGUCAUCCUCCUUUGGGGUGCUCGCUAUGUCAAGAAAAAUUACCAGAAAAUCUAAGUGUACGAUGGAGACACAGAAAAGCUCUACAGCAACUGUAUGAAGAUGAAAGACAACUUACUGGUUUCGUGACGUGUAUUUUCUUAACUUUUGUAAUACGCUGCCCAUUUUUAUUAUAAAUUUAAAAAAAAUAAUGAAAGAAUUAUUGAGAGCUGGAAAAAUAAACUAUGACCUAAGCCUUGAA